CUUAUUGAAGUAUCAAAUUCCAUCUUUCUAUAAUUUAGUAUCUAAUUAAUGACGUCAUUGGCUAGUAGAUAUUAAACGAAUUUAAAGUGUGCUUUAUAUUAUAUUACAGUAUUUCUUGAGAAGACUUCAAACCCCUUCUACUGUAUCUGGUUUAUGUUAAAAAAAUCUAUAUUCAAGUUCGAAUUUGAAAAAAUAAUAAUAAUGUUUUGACUAUUUUGUUUUAUGAUAACUAACAUGAAGUAGAAAUUUGUCCCUUCUCGUUUAUAUACAUAUGUACAAAAUUUAUUUCCGUAAAGUAUACUUCAAAUCAUUUUGUAAAAGUAUCAUUAAAAUUUACGUUAUAAAGUAAGCAUAUAAUAUAAAGGAAUAAUAUUGAGAUUUCAAUUUGCAGGUCACUAGUGAGUUGGAAAUUGCUGAUGAUUAUUAAAGAGAGAAAAAACUGCACCGUAAUCAGAAUGUCUGCACAAAACAAUACAAAAAAUAAUAUGAAACGCCAAUGUUUUUUUUGGCUUCCAAAAACAAAAAACAAAGUUGGGGUAACCAAAGUGAAACCGAAGCAAAUAUCAGCAACAUUCCAAGAAGCGCUACGAAGUACUCUAGUAAUUGGACAGAUUUUUUCACUUUUGCCAGUCAAUGGUGUGUGUAGUACGAAUGCAGCUAAUGUAAAAUUCAAAUGGUCAUCUUGGAAAUGUGUUUAUUUACUGCUAUCACUUUUGGGACAAAUUUUUAUAACCACUAUGUGUAUUCACAAAGUCUUGAACUCGAACGCAUCGUUAAACGUUACAACUCCAGUGAUAUUCUACACAACUACGUGCAUAACGAUGGUAGUGUUUUUUCGUAUAGCCAUAUCGUGGCCAGACCUCGUUCAUCACAUUGAAAAGGUCGAGCAAUUAGACCCGAACUAUGAUAUGACUUUAAAGUUUAAAUGCAAUUUUACAUGUGCUGUAGUUUUUAUUUUGGCUUCAGUGGAACAUAUUCUAUCUCUUUUAUCUGCAAUCGCAGCCUCAACCGCAUGUGACACGGAAGAUUUGACCUAUGAACGUUUUGUUAAAUAUUUCUACCCAUGGGUCUUCAAUUUCUUGCCCUAUUCUCUUAUUUUGGGGGCAAUGACACAGUUUGUCCACUUCCAAUCCACAUUCAUUUGGAAUUUCUCCGACCUCUUCGUUAUAUGUAUGAGCUACUAUUUAACGUCCAGGUUACAAAAUGUUAAUAAUAAAUUACUUUUUGCACAAGGAAAAUAUUUGCCUGAGGUUUUUUGGAAAACAAUUCGUGAAGACUAUGGUCGUGCCGUCCAACUCGUGCGUAGAGUUGAUGACGUCAUUAAUGGCAUUACCUUCAUUUCUUUUGCCAACAAUUUGUUCUUUAUCUGUCUACAAUUAUUUAAUACUUUAGAAGAUGGUGUGAAAGGAAAUAAUGAGUGUAACAACAAUAUUAAUAAAAGGAGUACAAACAUUUUUGGAGGUUAUGAAGCGGCUGCGUACUUUGUAUUUUCGCUCAUUUAUCUCAUAAGUCGCUCAGUAGCUGUAUCUCUAAUAGCUUCACAAGUAAAUACAGCAUCAAAUGCUCCAGCACCUGUUUUGUAUGAUGUGCCAUCUCCAGUAUACUGUGUUGAGGUGCAAAGGUUUUUAGAUCAAGUAAAUGGAGAUAAAGUUGCAUUAAGUGGCUUGGAAUUUUUUAGCGUUACCCGUGGCUUACUUCUUACCGUUGCAGGAACAAUAGUGACCUACGAGUUGGUCAUGUUUCAGUUUAAAGAUACCCCAUCUGGUGAAAAUAUUACAUCCACGGUACCAACAACUAUGUUGGCUAAUAAAACGGACGUAGCUUUCUAAAGUAUAUUAUUUUAUUUUUUAUUAUGUACAUUGUACAUAUAUAUGUGCAUAUAAUAUUCUAGUAAACAAAUAACUUUAUUAGAGUUUAUGAAACAUAUAUCUUAUGUUUAGGAGGUAAACUGUCACGUACUGUUUUGUUCAUAAUUUUAGUUACAUUAAAUUGUUUUCAUGUAUCUUACGGUUUAUCAAAGUAUUUAGCAAUGUAAGCGUAAAAAAAAUCUUAUUUACAGAACCUUCAAAAUAUUUAUUUUAUUUUGACGAUUUAAAAAAUAAAUUAUAUGAUAAUUAAGUAUGAAGCACUCUUACGUUUAGUGAAAACUGAAGUUGUAUAGAAAGGUAAGGAAUUUAAAAAAUUGAGGCUUAAGCAAUAGUUACGUUAUUAUAAUAUGGUAAUUUUUUAUUUGCACUCAAAAUGAAAUAAAACAUAAAACUGUACUGUUUUAUUAUAAUCAAACUACCUUAGUGCAUGUAUGAUUAAAAUACAACAUUCGCACUCAACUUGUUUACUGCAAUAACAUUCGGUUCUGAUAGGAUGUGUAGGUUUAUUUUAUUUGCAUGAAUGCCAGAAUUUGUUCAUGUAAUAUUUUUUGUACACAAAAUUUUUACUACUAAUGACGAUACAUUAAACUACAACUAUGAGAAUGCUAUGUUAAUAAAACAAGAGUUAAUUAUAAAUCUUCGAAAGCUAACAGCAAUUAUUUUAACAACUACCCACAACAUAUUUGAAAAGAAGCAACGAAUGUUUGCAUAAGUAAUUAAAACUUAAUUAAUGAAAUUUAUUAUAAGUGCAAUUUUGUAUGUUUCUUAAG